AUGUCCAUUAAAUCAAAUAGCCGUGAAGUUAAAAGUUCCUCGUCUAAAGGAGCAGUAUCUUACAAAGACAAAUUCAAGCAGACGACAAUGGGCAACAAUAUGAGCGUAGAUGAGUCGCCGACACACAGAAAACGUGCGGUAGGAAGAGGUAGACACAUAUUUGGUGCAUCAUUCUUUAGAAAGUGGAGUGAUAAAGACACCCAGCAGUACAGAGAGGGAUACCCAGGGAAAAAGGAUCACCCAAGUCUGAAAGAAAACCUGCUAUUCUACACAGGGCAGAUCAAGUCUCACCCAGACGGAGAUUACAUACAAAAGAUCCAUGAGAACUGGUGGGGAAAUUUCAGGCUUCUGGAGUCUCACCAUGGCUACAUACAGUGGCUGUUUCCCAUUAGAGAGUCAGGCAUGAACUUUUAUUCACAAGAAUUACAGCUCCAUGAAAUCAAGAAAAUCAUGGAAGAUAAAGAAGCUCAUGCGCGAGUUCUCAAGUCUUACGAGAUGAUGCUUCAUUUUUAUGGCAUGGAGCUUGAGAGUAAAGAGACAGGACAGAUCAGACGUGGUGAGGAUUGGAGGUCACAGUUCCGUCAUCUCAACAGUUCCUACCAUAACUACCUGCGGAUCACCAGAAUUCUGAAAUCCUUGGGGGAGUUUGGAUAUGAGCAUUUAAAGCGACCAUUUGUGGAAUUUGUUCUGCAAGAGGCAUUGGAGACAGGAAAUCUAGCUAAUGUCCUGGAGAGCUGUGUUAACUACUGGAUAGGUACAAUUAAGGACGAUGAUGCUCGCAAACAACUAAUGGAUUAUGUUACUAAAAUGGAGGCAGGAUAUGGUAAUGAUGAUACACCUUCCGAUGAUGAGUUGAAGGAGGCACAAGCCCCAAAAGAGAAAAGUACAUUAAAAUCUUCUAACAGUGAAAAGGGCGUAAAUUCAAACUGUUCUGUCAGUAUUGACGAUGAAUUUAGUGAUGAUUCACAGGAGAUGAAAAUGUGGGCAAAUGCAGAUUUACUAGGAUCAGCAGACGUGGAAACUGUGUGUGAUACUGAUAUGAAGGCUGGGACAGAGGAGGACAAGAUGGAGGUUGAGCAGAGCCAAAUUGAGGAAUCAAACACACAACCACAGACAGACGAAACACAGCCCUAUAGCCUGAGUGAGGUUUAAACACCUUUGAUUUAAAACUUUUUAAAUAAAAACAAAUGCAUGCAUCAGUACAAGUGUCAUGGACCUCUUUAAAUGUACUGUUGUGCCAGUUAUGUAGAACCCACUUUCAUGUAAAUAUACAUACUAAAGUAAACAGUGCCAGUGCUUUGGACCUUAUGGUUAGAGUAGAGUUGUAUGUCUAUUGGUCUGAUGUCAGAUGUCAUCACUUCCUAUUCCAACCUUGUACAGUCUAAUACUCUGCUCUGGUUAGGGUAGAGUUGUAUGUCUUUGAUGGUCUGAUGUCAGAUGUCAUCACUUCCUAUUCCAACCUUGUACAGUCUAAUACUCUGCUCUGGUUAGGGUAGAGUUGUAUGUCUUUGUUGGUCUGAUGUCAGAUGUCAUCACUUCCUAUUCCAACCUUGUACAGUCUAAUACUCUGCUCUGGUUAGGGUAGAGUUGUAUGUCUGUUGGUCUGAUGUCAGAUGUCAUCACUUCCUAUUCCAACCUUGUACAGUCUAAUACUCUGCUCUGGUUAGGGUAGAGUUGUAUGUCUUUGUUGGUCUGAUGUCAGAUGUCAUCACUUCCUAUUCCAACCUUGUACAGUCUAAUACUCUGCUCUGGUUAGGGUAGAGUUGUAUGUCUAUUGGUCUGAUGUCAGAUGUCAUCACUUCCUAUUCCAACCUUGUACAGUCUAAUACUCUGCUCUGGUUAGGGUAGAGUU